UUAAUAGUGCGAAAACAGUGCAAGUCUCGGGAAGUUGAUUGCAAACAAUAAGGAAGAGAAACAAAACAUUCAGUUGUUUCUACAACGCGGGAGAAUAUUAACGAACAAUAAAAGAUUGUGUCAGACUCUGCAAAGAAACUAGAUACUUUGAGCCUGUGACCAGUGAUGUCUCGCAAAAACAAAACACCUGCCGUCGGCAUCGAUCUUGGCACGACCUACUCGUGUGUUGGUGUGUUCCAGCACGGAAAGGUGGAGAUCAUUGCCAACGACCAGGGCAAUCGCACGACACCCAGCUACGUGGCUUUCACUGAUGCAGAGCGGUUAGUCGGAGACGCCGCCAAGAACCAGGCUGCCAUGAACCCGAGCAACACCAUCUUUGACGCCAAGCGACUCAUCGGACGCAAGUUCAGCGACAAAACAGUUCAGGCUGAUAUAAAGCAUUGGCCUUUUACCGUCGUUGAGGUGGACGGGCGCCCAAAGAUCAAGGCCGAAUACAAGGGGGAGCAGAAGCUGUUCGCGCCCGAGGAGAUCAGUUCAAUGGUGCUGACAAAAAUGAAGGAGACGGCUGAGGCUUACCUUGGGGGCAAAGUGACCGACGCUGUGAUCACGGUACCGGCGUACUUCAAUGACGCCCAGCGACAGGCGACAAAAGACGCUGGGGCAAUAGCAGGUCUCAACGUGCUCCGAAUCAUCAACGAGCCCACUGCCGCCGCCCUUGCUUACGGACUGGACAAGGGUGAGCGAGGGGAGAAAAACGUCUUGAUAUUCGAUCUCGGUGGUGGUACGUUCGACGUCAGCGUGCUGACAAUAGAUGAGGGCUCUAUGUUUGAGGUGAAGGCCACUGCAGGCGACACCCACCUCGGGGGCGAAGACUUUGACAAUCGCCUUGUGGCUCACUUCAUGGAAGAGUUCAAGAGAAAGUUUAAUAAAGACAUGAGCAAAAACCCAAGAGCAGUGAGAAGACUAAGAACUGCAUGUGAACGCGCUAAAAGAACAUUAUCCAGCAGCACAGAAGCUUCGGUAGAGAUCGACUCCCUCUUUGAGGGCAUUGAUUUCUACACAAAAGUGACCAGAGCCAGGUUUGAAGAGCUAUGUAUUGACUUGUUCCGAUCAACUAUUCAGCCAGUGGAGAACGCUUUAAAGGAUGCUAAACUGGAUAAGUCUAAGAUACAUGAGGUUGUUCUUGUAGGAGGCUCGACACGCAUACCUAAAGUCCAGAAGCUUCUGGGUGAUUUUUUUAACGGAAAGGAGCUUAAUAAAUCCAUCAAUCCUGACGAAGCUGUAGCCUACGGGGCAGCUGUUCAGGCGGCCAUUUUAAGUGGAGAUCAGAGCAACACCAUCAAGGACGUUCUUCUAGUGGAUGUCGCCCCUCUGUCACUGGGCAUAGAAACAGCAGGAGGCGUAAUGACAUCGCUUGUGAAGAGAGGGACCACCAUUCCAACCAAAAUGUCUCAGAUAUUCAGCACCUAUUCCGACAACCAACCCGGCGUGGACAUUCAGGUGUUCGAAGGAGAGAGGGCGAUGACCAAAGACAACAAUCUUCUGGGUAGGUUCGAGCUAAUGGGGAUCCCGCCAGCACCUCGGGGCAUCCCGCAAAUCGAGGUCACGUUUGACAUCGACGCCAACGGGAUUCUGAACGUUUCAGCACUGGACAAAACGACCGGGCGCUCCAAUAACAUUCAGAUAAAGAACGAGAGGGGCCGCCUAUCCCAGAGAGAGAUUGAUAGAAUGGUGGCAGACGCCGAGAAGUACAAAGUAGACGACGACAGGCAAAGAGAGAGAAUCGCCUCAAGGAAUCAGUACGAGUCUUACGUUUACGGCGUGAAACAAGCCGUUGAGACGGCUGGGAACAGACUUUCCUCAUCUGAGAGAGACACUGCCCUGGACGCGUGCAAUGCUGGCAUCAGAUGGCUAGAGGGCAAUUCCCUAGCGGAAAAGGAAGAAUUUGAGGAUCGCCUGAAGAACUUGCAAAAAACUUGCGCCCCCAUCAUGGUCAAACUACACCAAGGGGCGUCAUCCGACAACAGCAGCGGCCCAAGAGUAGAAGAAGUAGACUAAACUUCACAUCAUGUUCCCGCCAAAUCACAGAAUGUUGUUUUUUUCAUCCUCAUGACAUUCAAAUAGCAUUAUAGAUUUAGUUCCACGGAUUAGUAGUUCAGUAUUUACAUUGGUAUCUAAGCAUUGAAUCAGCUCAAGAAUUCUCAAAAUAUGCAUACUAACAUUUUCAAAACACUUGAACGGUGUCUUUUAUGAAGCUACAACUUUAACAAAAAUUCGGAACUAAGAUUUUAUAUGUAUAUUAUAUUUAUCAUUCUUACUUUUUUUCACAUUUUUUUUUUACUCCAGUUACACAUUUUACCGAAUUUAUUUUAAAUUUACCAGAAAGCCUAUAUAUGUUAUACAAGCAUAAAUUUAUCGGAAACUAAUGUCUGGUUCGAUCGCCUAUAGGGCUAGCAUUUUCCCCCAAACAUUGUUACUUUAACUAUUUCUCUAUCGUAUAGUAUAGUUUUUAUGAAGCUCAACAUGCACGUGUUUGAGAGGUCAAAGUUAAGGGGUUGGGGAUGGCCUUUAUGCGCGUGUUUGAGAGUCAAAGUUAAGGGGCUGGGGAUGACCUUUAUGCGCGUGUUUGAGAGUCAAAGUUAAGCGGUUGGGAUGGCCUUUAUGCGCAUGUAUGAGAGGUCAAAGUUAAGGGGCUAGGGAUGACCUUUAUGCGCGUGUUUGAGAGGUCAAAGUUAAGGGGUUGGGGAGGCUGAUGGCAGACCAGAAACGAAAACUGAAAAGAAUAUGGUGCAGUGAUAGGACGAAGAUAAUAUUGCAAAACUUGUACUGCAGUUAUUUUAAGACUUUUUGUGAACUACAAAUGAAAUUAAACUUUUUAUUACU